AUGGCUACGGCAGAAUAUAGAGGCCAGCCGAGUCCAUCGUCUGGAAUCGUCACCAUGGAUACGGCAGCAGAUGGAGGCCUGCUCCGUACUCCAAUCGGCAACCGGGUUCAAAAUGAGUCAAAGGUUACAGUUGACAGUGGUACCAGGGUUCAUACUAAAAAAGUGCAGGGAGGGACCAAGAAGCAGAAAUAUAUGCAUUUAAUAAACUCAACUGUGAGUUUUGUAAACGCUAUAAAAGCCUUAUCGAGCGACCACAAGGAUGCUAUUAAGUCUAUGGGAUUUGGGGGGUUGCUUCGUAUGCCAGGGACGUGUCUCAUAAGACAAAUGAUUGACAAAAUUGCAAACAGAUACCAAAUCAGCAACCAAUGCUUCUUUAUAUGUGGUCAGGAUGGUCCUAUUUAUCUAGAGGAUGUCAGGGACAUAAUGGGACUCCAGAUUGAAGGCAUAGAUGUUUUUAAACAUGUAAACCAAGAGGAGGUCAAAGAUGAAGACAAAAAAGUGGACAUUGAAUUGAUGAAGAGGUAUGAAGAUGCAGACCACCUUCUCACGAUAAGCAAGUUGAAACAAAUGAUGAUGAAAUCAGGCACUCCGGAUGAUGACUUCAAAAGACUAUUUGUCUUGUUCACAAUUGGUGUCAUUCUAGCACCAACUGUGAAGCCCUAUAUUAAAGCUAGUUAUCUACCCGUGGUUAGAAAAAUAUCAGACAUUCCGAAAUUCAAUUGGGGCCAAUUCACUCUGACCCAUUUAUUAACCUCAUGUAAUAAUUACAUAGUUAAGAAACGAGCCAACAUACAGGGCAAUUUGACUUUGCUGCAGUUUUGGUACUGGGAGCGCGUCAUUGCGUACACCAAGUACGGGAUCAAUUACGAGACAAUCCAACCACCACUGAUGGCGAGGUGGACUGAAGACAAUGCUGGUCUUCGAUGGCAUGCUUUUGAUCAGGCCGGCCUAGAUGGAGGAACUGUACAACAACAAAUCCUACAGCUACCGCAAAGUAUUGUUGACCCAUCUACGCCAACAUCUGCACAAGGUCAGCCGUCUAUGGCUACAUCUUCGCAAGUUCGGUUAUCUAUGCCUAAUCUGCACAAGUUCGGGUAUGCAAAUAUGGCUUCAGUUGCUUUGUCUAAUGUUGGAUUUGAUAUUUUGGAAUUUAACAAAAAAUACCAACUACAGGAAUCGCCACAGAUACUAGUCAAGAAGUCAGCACCAGGUGGCCCACUGCAUUUCUCCCAUGCACUGGCGAGAAUCAAUGCUGAAGCACACACUAAAACAAAAGUUAAGAUGGAAAAGAACACGCAGCAGCAGAACAGCCCCUCUACACAGCACCAAGGCGACGCCUCUACACACAUCACAUCAAGGAAGCCAAUUGUCGACAAUGAUUACAAAGUGAGUCCAAUAGACACAGAAGCCAGAUGCUUCAUAGUAAUGAGUUACGACCAUGCUAAGGUUGUACAAAUAGGUGACCAUGCUAAGGUUGUACAAAUAGGUGACCAUGUUCUUACAACCAAACAACUACGCCCUAAUUUCACAGAUGGCUUUAUAGUAGAUGAGGUCAUAAAUGCCUAUGUUGAUUUCAGCAAUGUGGAGACUGAAGAGGCAUCAUUCAUAACAACUUUCCAAGCCUGGAAGUUGCCUACAAAUAAUCUGGGUGACCAACGCCUGAUAUUUAAGAAGUUAAUUGCCGACAAAUGUGUUCAAAGGCAUUUGGUUUUUGUGCCUAUGCAUAUAAACAAAAACCACUGGGCUCUCCUAGUGCUAAAUUUUAUAAAGAAAGAGGUCCAGCUACUUAACUUCUUAGCCUCAACUCGAGGUGAAAACCAAGAGAAGGCAUUGGAGGAAGAGUACUAUGCAAACAAUCCGGAUGAACAACGCCAGCACGAACAGGCUGAAAAUUCAAGCGAUGUUCAAAUAAUAGAGACUAAAACUCCAAACCCUGAGGACAGCACGAAAGAAGGGAAAGGAACGAAAGGAACAGGAUCUGAAAAAGGAACCUGA